GGUUUCCUCAUUCCCGCCGGCUUCCUGCCUCUCCUCUCUCCAGCCUCUUCUAACUGUCGCUGCAGCCACAUCUGGUUCUUCAGCCCGGCGCCACUUGCAAAAGCUUAGAGGUUCCCGAGCCGUAGGGAGUGUUGGGGGGCAGGGGCUGAGCGGGGCGAGGAUGACAGGACCCGCUCCGCGGAGUUUCUUUGAGAUUGAAACAACACACCUGCGGCGUCAGGAACCUUCUCCACUCUUGCUCGGUGCCAGCAGACGCUAGCUGUCUCCAGCGUUCAAAACGUUUUAAAUCCUACGACAUUUGCUGGUGUAAAACCGUCUUCAACCAGACAUCAAUGCGCGGAAAGCUCUGUAAGAUCUUCAAGAAGUAAAUCUCGAGAUCUCUAGAAGUCAGUCGUCAGUCUGUCGCAGCGAAAGCUCUCUGACUUCGUCGGGUCACCUGAUCCUCAGUGGAACCCGGCGUCCCCACGAUGUGGCUGUUUUUAACGACGACCUGUUGUUUGAUCUGCGGAACUCUGAAUGCUGGCGGCUUCUUCGAUCUGGAAAACGAAGCGAAUCCUGAAGUGUGGAUGAAUAUUAGCGAGAUCAUCACCUACAACGGCUACCCCAGCGAGGAGUAUGAGGUCACCACGCAGGACGGGUACAUCCUCAGCAUCAACAGGAUCCCGCACGGCCAGGCGGAGGCCGGGAGCGCAGGUCCCCGGCCCGUUGUCUACCUGCAGCACGCCUUGUUUGCCGACAACGCCUCCUGGCUUGAGAAUUACGCCAACGGCAGCCUUGGGUUCCUUCUCGCAGACGCGGGUUACGACGUCUGGAUGGGAAACAGUCGGGGGAACACUUGGUCGAGGAGACACAGAACGCUCUCAGCGACCGAGGAAAAAUUCUGGGCCUUCAGUUUCGACGAGAUGGCCAGAUACGACCUCCCAGGAAUAAUAGACUUCAUCGUAAACAAAACGGGGCAGCAGAGGCUGUACUUCAUCGGACACUCCCUGGGCACCACCAUAGGGUUUGUGGCCUUUUCCAGCAUGCCUGAGCUGGCACGGAGGAUCAGAAUGAAUUUUGCCCUGGGUCCCGUGGUCUCAUUCAAAUACCCCACGGGCAUCUUUACCAGUUUUUUUCUACUUCCGAAUUCCGUAAUCAAGAGAUUUUUCGGUACCAAAGGUUUCUUUCUAAACACGGGGAAGGUACCUUCCAUCAGAAUCUGCAACAAUAAAAUAUUGUGGGUGAUUUGUAGUGAAUUUAUGUCCUUAUGGGCCGGAUCCAACAAGAAGAACAUGAAUACGAGCCGAAUGGACGUGUACAUGUCCCACGCGCCCACCGGAUCGUCAAUACAGAACAUACUGCAUAUAAAACAGCUUUAUGGAUCUGAUGAAUUCAGAGCUUAUGACUGGGGAAGUGAAGCUGAGAACAUGCAUCACUACAAUCAGAGCCGUCCCCCGCUCUACGACCUGAGUGCCAUGAAGGUGCCUACUGCCAUAUGGGCCGGUGGCAAUGACGUCCUUGUGACCCUCCAGGAUGUGGCCAGGACAAUCCCCCAAAUCAGGAACCUCCGGUACUUCGACCUCUUGCCCGACUGGAACCACUUCGACUUCAUCUGGGGCCUGGACGCGCCGCGGCGAGUCUACAGUAAGAUCAUAGAGCUGAUGCAGUCGGACUCCUGACGCGGCGCACCUGCUUCUCGGCUACAAGUCCCGGCGAGCCCAGGAGGCCCCGGGGAGGGGCUGCUCAGCUGCCAGGUCUUGCCUCGCGGCCGCGGAGGCUCCUUAUCCGUGGCCCAACCAGGAACUGUCUCAACGGGGCUGCUCUUCAUCCAAGAAAGGCGCCCCCGGAACCUCCGGGUCUCUUCCCCUCCGUCGGGGCCGAUUUUUCGCCUCCGUGAAUAUACGCCUGGGAGAUGAGUUAAAAGGGGCCUUUUUCUUUUUUUCUUUUUUUUUUUAAAUAAAUUUAUUUUUAUUGGUGUUCAA